AUGCUCAUGUUCGAAGACAACACCAUACGCCUCGAAAUACCUCUCAAGUACCCAGAAACGAUACGGGUCACAUUUAUUCCAGACGUACCUGGCCCCCUUACAAUUGAACUCAUACCAUCCACUUGCACAAGCACGAAAUCUCCUGAGACACCCAAGGAAAAAGCGCUUCCCCAACACCCGCGAACAUUCAUUGGUCCGGGAAUUGACCACUCUCCUGUGAAACCACCUGUCGCCGCAAAACCCAUCGAUGAUAGCGUGACGGAGCCGGAGUCCGAAGUAGAGCAAGGAGAUGCUGCGGCAGACCAGACUGUUGUAAAUACGAGCGUUGGCGUCAAACGCCCUGGCAGUCCCCUUGUGUCGCACAAAUCCCGUAUCACUAAAUACUAA